AAAAUUCCUACGCAUUAACCUUUCAAAUUGUCUCAAACGCUAAAGCACAUGAGAAGAAGAUGGCAAGUAGAAACACAAGAUAAGGGAAAUCACCAUUUUCACGUUUUACGGCUUAUGGUCCGGUGAAUACACAUCUCACGCUGGUAUAAUGCAUAUUUCAGUAAAAAUAUUGAAUGGUCAAGAAUGCACCGUAGCGGUGUCCCCGAGUAGCCUAGUGAGUGAAGUGAAGGAGCAAGUACACAAUUUACUUUCAGUUCCAGUGGCAGAACAAAAGUUGCUUUUUCGUGGCAAAGCACUAACAGAUGAAAAACUUCUCAAGGACUAUGAUAUCCAGGAUGGAACAAAAUUGACAUUGGUGGUGAAAAAGUCUUCCAGAGACAGUCCUUCGCCAUGCACCCCUGACCUUGCUUCCAGUACCUCACUCCCCCCUGUGUGGGAGAAAUUGCAUAUGUUCUUGAGGCGCCAUUUCCGAGAAAAGGAUGCUGAUCUUGUCUUGGCUGAGUUUAGGAAGAAUUUUGAACAUGGACUUUCACAGCUUAGCCUGGAUGACAUUGAUAGGUUGGCCGCCACCAAAAUCAGACAGCAGCAAGAAAAGAUAAACUUGCUGUUUUCUUAGCAUCAUUUCUUAAGAGCUGUUGUAUGUAUUUAUUGGACUGCAUGACAUUUUGAGCUCUUCUCUGGUGAUGCUUCAGUUCUUUUACAUGAUUUGACUGGAACAUGCUGCUGAAAAUACUGUGGUGUGUAGUUUUAAAGUUUUAUGAAUGCCUUUUUUCUCUGAAGGAGUAUUGUCCAGUUAGCAAAACACUUUUUAUUUGGGAGAGAACUCACUGCAUCUUGUUGGACAUGUGUAAAUAAUUGAAUACAUCUACAAAGUGUCCAGGAUUUCAAACGUGUCAGGUAUUGUAUAAAUCUGCUAGAUCAUAUGGUUCACUUGUAAAUAGGGCAAUGUGUACAUCUGCCAGGAUAUUUGAACUGUAAAUCUUUUAGUGUGCUCUGUGUUAAAUUUCCAAGUGACACUUUUAAAUGCCACAAGGCAGUUGCACAAGUCUUUUUUUCAAAACAUGUAAUGCAAUGUGUGUUAAGAUACUUAUACUUUUAAGUGGGACAGUAAAGAGGAGUUGAGGUGUUUUAGGUUAUAUGCUAUAAAUUUGAAUUACAACAAUCCAUGUUCUUUCUGUUUUAGAAAUGCUAUCUUGUAAUAUAGACUAAAAUUAAAGUCUAAAGUACAUGAAAGCUUAAUCGUAAACAGAAGAAUCAUGAGUUGAAAUCUUUGCUAGCUUUGUAUUUUGGUCAUUGAUGAUGCUUUUAAAUUAAAAAAAAAAUUAUGGUGGCUGAGUAUUUUGGUCAUAAGACUUUAAAGAAAAACCACCAUACAUUUUAUGAAUAACAGUUUUGAAAAUGUUAUCUUGAGGUAGCAUACAGAAUGGUAGCAUUUAUCAAAACCUCACAUUUUUCUAUACAUCUUAAAGCAUGUGUGAAGGAGAGUCAUAUAUUUCUUGUGCAGUUAAUGUUGCCUUUAUAACUUCUGUAUUUGAACAACCUAAAACAAGAAUGUGAAUUAAAGUUAUCAAAUAUAUUUUUUCAUCAUGAAA